AUAUAAUAUGGGGCUUCUCUUGAUUGAGAAAAAAGAGUGGAGCUCUAAGUAUAAUGAGCUGAAUCAAGAUUUGGCAGAAGUGAAGGAUGCUCUUGAAAGAGAAAAAUUUGCUCAUUUAAUUGCCAUCUUUGAGGCAGAGAAGCGGGAAGAGCAUCUGAGGAAGGCCUUGGGUGUUGAGAAAGAAUGUGUGCUUGAUCUAGAGAAGGUUGUGCGAGAAAUGCGCUCAGAGCACGCAAAUAUUAAAUUUUCUGCAGAAUCAAAGUUGGCGGAAGCAAAUGCAUUGGUUGCUAGCAUUGAAGAGAAAUCUUUAGAAGUGGAAGGAAAGUUGCGCUCUGCUGAUGCCAAACUUGCAGAAAUAAGCAGAAAGAGUUAAGAGAUUGACAGAAAAUCACACGAUCUUGAGUUUCAAGAAGCUUUGCUUCGA